CGGUGCGUUCCUGGAAAGGAGGGGCCUACCCUUCCUUCCACGUUGAAGGCUUCUCCAUCUCCAGCAGCCCCCAACGGUGUCACCCUUUCCCGUAGGUGGCCUCCCACAGCCCAGAAUCCCGGCCAAGGUCUCCUAAAGGAGAAAGCUGGAUUUUGUAGAGGACACAGAGGGCGUGGGUAGGUCCUGGGUACCCUGGAAUCAAUGCGACCAAAUGCUUGUGCCUCUGUCUCGGGGUCCUGAUGGUCUCUGGGAGUGAGAGGGGGCGUUUCCCAAAAGCUGCGGCCAGUCGGGGCGGAUCUUUUGGGGCCGUCGCGACUCAAAGGGACCAGGCAGGCGGCGCUGGAGGUGGGGAAGCGCGAGCUACAAGUCCACUCGGGGGCCAGCCACGCCGGGGCCGAUGGCGGGUAUGCAGACAGUGCCCGUUCUCUUCCAGCUCAGGGCCAGCCGCCUUCUCGCUCUAAAACCUACGGGCGGAGGAGACACGGGAGAGAAAGAAGAGGGUGGAUACAGGAGACCACCCCACCCCGACCAGGGCGAGAGCUGGAGGGGUCCGCCCCGCACAGGGAGGGCGCUGGGGCCUCGGGGACCAAGGCGAUUGGCCCGGAGCCCCCAGCCCCGCCCCGCCACCAUCUGCUCGGGAUUUACGUCGGCGGCUCCCGGCGCCCGGGCUCCGGCUCCGGUUCGGGCCCCGCGCCCCCCGCCUACCUGCUGCGUUGGAGCCGGGUGCUGGUCUCCCCGAAGCCCCCGCCGCCGGCCAAGUUCCCGUUGUCUGAACGCCCGCUGGACGCCGAUGGAACCGCCGCAAUGUUCGCCCCCCGGCUACUCGAUUUCCAGAAGACCAAGUACGCGAGGCCUAGAUUCACUCACAGGAUCCUUUGCAACACAGCACUCCAGGGAGCCUCUGCCACCUGAUCGAACUGGCAUGUUCAUGAACCACCGAGUGCCCUCUCACAAGAGGUACCAGCCCACAGAGUACGAACAUGCUGCCAACUGUGCCACUCACGCUCUCUGGAUCAUCCCCAGCAUCCUCGGCAGCUCCAACCUGUACUUCCUAUCGGACGAUGACUGGGAGACCAUUUCUGCCUGGAUCUACGGCCUCGGCCUCUGUGGGCUCUUCGUGGUGUCCACCGUGUUUCACACGAUCUCCUGGAAGAAGAGCCACCUUAGGAUGGUGGAGCACUGCCUGCACAUGUUCGACCGCAUGGUCAUCUACUUCUUCAUAGCGGCCUCGUACGCGCCCUGGCUGAACCUUCGGGAACUAGGCCCCUGGGCCUCCCACAUGCGUUGGCUCGUCUGGAUCAUGGCCUCUGUCGGCACCGUCUAUGUCUUCUUCUUCCAUGAGCGGUACAAGCUUGUGGAGCUGCUGUGCUACGUCUUCAUGGGCUUUUUCCCCGCCCUGGUCAUCCUUUCAAUGCCCAACACCGAGGGCAUCUGGGAGCUGGUGGCCGGCGGGGCCUUCUACUGUUUGGGGACGGUGUUCUUCAAGAGUGACGGGAAGAUCCCCUUUGCCCACGCCAUCUGGCAUCUGUUUGUGGCAUUUGGUGCUGGUACCCACUACUAUGCCAUCUGGAGGUACCUGUAUCUUCCCAGCACCCUGCAGGCCAAGGUGUCCAAAUGAGGUGGUCCAGACUGCACGGACAUUUGGGCUGUUGGAGCAGAGCAUCAUGGGAAGUGUUUCUGCGAACUUUAGCCCAGAGCACAGCGCCCAGGCCUGUCUGCCCUCCCACCGGGGGAGCUUUUGAUGGGUCUGAGGUUACUUCUGGUGACAGCCAGACCUUCCCUUGGAUCCCAGGUGAGAAAGAAAGCAUUUGGUCAUUGUUACAGAGGAGAAAUUAACCCUGUAAUGCAUUUCUAUUCUAGACAAGUGUUUCCUAAUACAACCGACAUUAACAUCUUCAGAAAAGGGAGCAGACAUUGUCCUGGCAGAGUGGGGAAUGAUGGGCCAAUACGUGCUUCUUAAGGUCCUGAGAAACCCAUCAAGGAGUCCAGUGAGUUGUUUCUACCAUGUGGCCAGGACCUCCUUCCCUGCGACCGAAGUCCUGGCUGGGGAAUGGACCCCUGUUCAGGGAAAGUCACCUGGAUUGUAGAUCAGGGAUGGUGGAUAUCCGUGACCAUGGCAGACAUCACCUAUCAACUGCAACAUGGGUGGUUUCGGAAUUCUGAAGCCGGUGCUCUGGGCAGCCACCACCAGUCGGCUCAGCACUCCUGAUGGCACCUCUUUGCUUCACCUGCGGUGUGCCCUGGGGUGGGAAUGUGAGCAGUCGGGUUAAAUGUCUCUAUGUGAGGGAGCAUGUUUAUCUCCACUGCCUCUCUCUUGUCCCUUUUGGGGGAGCUCCUGGAAUGGGCAGAGAGGAGGGAGCAGUGGGGGGUGGGGAAGCUUUACUUGGCCGUUUCCUCUCAUGCCAAAAACUCCAGAGAAAUUCUGAGAGCCGUUCAUUGCAGGGCAAGCAGAUCCUGGGAGCUUGCGUGCCUGAUCCAGGUUUAGGGUUUAUGAUGCCAACAUUCCGCUCUCGCUUGGUGCCAGUCACUGGCCCUGAGAGGCUCCUCACAUACCCCCCAGAGGGAAGGUGUCGCUCACUGGAUAGGGACCUGGGCACAGUGUCCACGACAUCCUGACCUCUGGAGCUCCUAGUAGGCCAGGGGUGAGGCUUUUGGGGCCUGUCUUCAGCCUCAUCCAGGGCUGGGCCGGCCUCCCUAUACCUGGCACACAGACAUUUACAGGGGAAGAAUCCAGGCCCAGCUCCAGGGUCCGAACUGGAAUCACAGAGUCUCUGGAUCAAGGAUCUCUCUCAAGUUAGAUGAGCCUCAGUCUGUGACUCCCAACCAGAAUCAGUGGGCAAAGACAGGACGCCUUAUGCUUAGUUCUGGUACAUUCCAGGAUAUUUCAGGGCUCAGACCUCUGUUGGGAAGUGGGGGGUGUCCCCACACUGGCUUCCUGCACCACAGGUGCUAAGAGGGCAGGUAGAAGUGAAAGGGCUGGGAGAUGGGUCUACGUGGUGACUUAGUCAAAAGGGCACUUGUCAAAUUUGCCACAACAUACUGUGCAGCCAGAUGCUGCAAUGCAGGCCCCGGAGACAGCAUCAUGGGGUCCUGAAGGAGCCCGUGAAAAUCCCAGCAGCUCACCUCAGGUGAGCACACUGAGGCAGGGAUACUCACAGGUGUGUAGCAGGUGGAAGGGAAAGGAGCAGGAAGCUGGGAGGCAGAGGCUCCCGUGUGGAGCUCCUCUCGGGGCUGGUCUCUAUGCUCGUGGCUUGAUACACUCUCACUCCAUUGAUUAGUUCCAGUUUCCAUAGGUCCAAGCUUGAUUGGCACAGAGGCCUAUUUGUGACAUUUCUGUCAUGUAGCCUCUGGAAAACUACAUGAAAGACUGAGAGGGAAAAAGACAAAUAAUGUAGUAUUAUUAUGAGACCAGUUUGACAUCAUGAAUCCCUGAGGGAUCUUGGAGAUCCCUGGGGGCCUAGACCAAAUGUUGCUGAGAACCACUGAUCUAGAGUGUUCCCUUUAUUUGAUAGCUGGCAACAUGCCAUUAGCCCAUUUGGCCGACCCUGGAAACAUGGGCAGCACACGGAGGUAGGAGGGUGUGAGCAGUGGUCUGGGAGACCCUUUCGAUGUUGAGGGCAAGCCCUGUGUCUCCAUUGGUCAUUGUCGAUCCCCAGUGCCCAGCACAGUGCUGGCACUUAGUAGGUGUUCAUACAAGUCUAUGGGUGAGCAGAGGAGGGUGGGAAGGCUUGGCCAGGGAGCCUUGGAUAAAGGCUGGCCCCUUUGUAUCCAGGUCAAAAGAGGCAAGUGCAGAGCCAUGGUCUGCGUGGGCAUGGCCCUGGCCUUUGCUCUUGGAGACUCUGAACAUUGGAAGACAAAUCAGAGUGCUAACGGAGGCUCCCAGGCUAGUUUUUCCCAACUCAGGUUUGUAGUGAACUUUGACUCUGCCCUGAGUGGGUCUGCCAGCCUAGAGUUACAGGAUGAAGGAGACAGUGCACCUGGUGAGACCAACAAGCUCUGGGUGGCGGUGAGUGUCACGGUGACCUCUGAGGAGGGACCCUGAGACUCAGCAAGGCUCAUCUGUGGGUUGAGGGGUGGGACGAGGGUGGGUGGUUGUGUUCUUAAAUAGAAAGACAUUUUUCAUUAAUAUUUGCUUAUUAUAAAAAUUUCAGAAAAUACUAGGAAGGGAGAAAAUACGAAACAUAAUUUCUCUGCCUCAAAGAACCACUCUUACUCCUUUAGUGGCUUUCUUUCUGUGUUUCCCCUACUCAGUGCAUAGUUUUUUACCUUGCUGUUUUCUUCUCUUGCCAUAUACACUUUCACAUCCUACUGUUUUUACUUUUCAAGUAUUUUCCCUCAUUAUUUCAAACCCUUUGUAAACAUUAUUUUACAAGUCUACCUUAAAUGGAUAUACCACAAUCUAUUUAACCAUUCUUUUAAUUCACAGGCGAUACAUACCUGUGGUGAGGAUCUUGCGACAUAAACUUUCCCCCUAAAUCUCAUGCACUUUCUUUAGGCCACAUUAAGAAGUUAGGUGAAACCUGCCUCAUGCUGUCUGUGCCACCCAGUCAUGGCUGCCAUUCUGCCUGCCGUCAUUGGACUGACCCCAUCCCUGGGGGAGUCUGGGCAUCCAGGAACCUAAUGCCUGGGCACUGCCAAAGGGCUGGUUUAUCUGGAAGAUGUAGGAAGGCAACCCCAGCUUGAGGCAUGGGCUGUAGAGAGGAGGGGCCGCGUGCCUGUUCUGCAGGUGGUCUGGUUGGUUGACGGGUAGACACGCCAGGUGCAGUUGUCGGAGAAACGCUGCUAGAGGCAUAGCUGUGAGGGUCUUCUGUGAUGACAGGACCUCACCCUGUCUGAGGCUGUCCACUGCGGGUGGGAGAUGAGAUGUUGAGGGUAUCUGUGGGCUGUGCAUGCUUCUGACAUCCUGGAGACCGAUCAUGAAUAUUCCAGAACUGGGCAAGUUGUUAAACCACCGGUAGUGUGAGAUUGGCCAUGGAAGAUGUAUUUGUCAGUGUUUUCCAAACCUAUUUGAUUAAUAGCCAUCAUAGGAAAUACACUUUACACUGUGAUUCCAGUCUAUACAUCCAUCACUGAGAUAGGACCUACUGUGUGCUGCACUGUGAGGUUUCGGCCUGACCCUAUCCAUCCUAUCCUACCUUAUCCUAUCCUGACCUAUGUUUUCAAGUUGCUGGUUGCAACUCCUAAAUUGAUUUUAUGACCCGCAGGUGGGUCUGAACCCUCAGUUCUGGAAACUGCUCUUGUAUUCUUCUAGGAAGCCAUGGUCAUUGGUACUAGGUGCUUAGUGCCUAUUGAUUGGCGGAGGUCAGCAUGGUGCCAUCCCUCAUGAGCCUGGGUGCCCUAAAGCCAUAUGGGGACAGUUUAGGAGAAAGAAGUUCAGAGCUUCUGAGGAUCUGUUUACUCAGAACCCUGACCCCGCUGAGAGGAAUACAAGACCAGAUUUUUACGUCUCUUGUGCUGGUAAUGGCCCCAUGUUCCGGGGGGCCUUGGGGCUGGAUGGGCAUACUGGCUACCAUUCGGGUGGGCUGGGAAGGCAGGAGGGAGAGAGUGGGUCACUUUGAGAAAGGAGCGGACCCAGUUUUGGGAGGGCUGCUGUGCCUCAGCGAGCUUUGUCAGAUUUCAGGCUCUGACUGUGCUGCGCCAAUGGCCUCCAGUCCUGUUCCCACUGCCAGGUUUCACCGGGAAUCUGCCCACUCCCAAGCGCAGGCUGCUUGUGAAGGCCUUUUUUGGGGGGGAAAUGGGCUCUGAUUGUCUUUCGUACUCAUUUUUAUAGACCUGUCAUGUCUACAGUGCUUGAGAAUGGCAUUUGUGGCAUGCGUUUUAAAAAAUGUCCUGCUGGUAUUGGACCCUUUCUGUGUUUGUGAAAUUGCUAUUUUGUAUUAACACAGGAUUUGAUAAACAUUUGUAUUAAGAAUAGUCCUGCCAGUAAAUGUUAUUGUCUCCAGUGGAGUAGGAAGAACUUAAAUAAAUAAAAAUUCAAGAUGCCUCACUCUUGCCCAGUUGUCUU